AGUCUUCUUCUUCUCCAUUACAAAAAUCAGAAACUCAUCUUCAAAGCUUCUUCUUCAUCUCUCUCUCAUCUCUGAAAAAAAUGCCGAGCAACUGUGAGAUUCUGUGCGAGAUCUUAAUCGCCGUCCUUCUUCCGCCUCUCGGAGUUUGCCUCAGGAAGGGCUGCUGCACUGUGGAGUUCUUGAUUUGCUUGGUGCUGACUAUCUUAGGAUACCUCCCGGGGAUAAUUUACGCGAUUUACGUGAUUGUGUUUCAGAACCGUGAAGAGUACUUUGAUGAAUACAGACGCCCUCUCUACUCUGCUUGAGCUUGAUGUUUCUUGAAACUGUUGCUUUGAGUGUUGUUGUACCAAUAAGUUGCUUUUGCAGUUUACUCAUGUAUUGAAAGAUUUUAUAACUUUUGUCUUGUGUUAUAUUAUAUAACAAAAAAAUUGGUGAUCCUUUUGGGGUAAUGCAAGAUUGAAGGUAAACAUUAUAUAUA